UUUUAAACGGAAACCUGUCGGGCACACUGCACCAACGCGAUUCCGUGGAUUUCACGGUGUGAUUUAUUUUCGUUUGUGAAUAAAAAGGGCAGAAUCCAAGUGCCGUUUUCGUGCAUUCCAAGAUGGUCGAAGACAAGGAGAACGUGGCCAACGGUGAGCAGGUCUCCAAGAAGGGAGCCAAGAAACAGGCCAAGGCCGCCAAGAAAGCCGAACAGAAGGCUGAGAACGCCUCGGCGGCUGCGGCCAACAAUGCAGGCGGCGAUUCUGCCGAGGAUCAUGCGGCCGGACGCUACGGUCUCUCUGAGAUGAUCCAGUCCAAGGACAAGCGCAGCGAACGAAACUUUGUGCCCGUCCACGAGCUGAGCGGCCAGUUGGGCACGGCGGGACUCGUUUGGGUGCGCGGCAGGGUGCAUACAUCACGUGCCAAAGGCAAGCAAUGUUUCCUGAUCCUGCGCCAACAGAGCAGCACGGUGCAGUGCAUCCUGGCUGUGGGCGACAUUAUAUCCAAGCAGAUGGUCAAGUUUGCGGGCAAUAUUCCCAAGGAGAGCAUUAUCGAUAUCCAGGCCAAGCCUGUGGCCGUGUCCAGCAAGAUCGAAUCCUGCACGGAGCAGUCGCUGGAGUUGUGCGUUGAACAGAUAUUCGUGAUUUCGCAGGCCAAGCCUCAGUUGCCGCUGCAAAUCGAGGACGCCUCGCGUCCCGAGAAUGCUGAUGAUGCCGAUGGCUUGAAUAUUCGCGUGAACCAGGACACGCGCUUGGAUAACCGAGUGCUGGAUCUAAGAACGCCGGCGAAUCAGGCCAUUUUCCGAUUGGAGGCGGGCGUGUGCCGCCUGUUCCGUGACAUUCUUACCGAGCAGGGCUUCACAGAGAUCCAUACGCCCAAGAUCAUAUCGGCGGCCAGUGAAGGCGGUGCCAAUGUGUUCACUGUGAGCUACUUCAAGGACUCGGCCUAUCUGGCGCAGUCGCCGCAGCUGUACAAGCAGAUGGCCAUCGCCGCCGACUUCGACAAGGUGUACACCGUGGGUGCCGUUUUCCGCGCGGAGGAUUCCAACACCCAUCGUCACUUGACCGAGUUUGUUGGCCUCGAUCUGGAGAUGGCCUUCAAAUACCAUUAUCACGAGGUGCUGCACACGAUCGGCAACACGUUUACGGCCAUUUUUAAGGGACUGCGCGACAAGUACGCUCGGGAGAUCGAGUCGGUGGGCCAGCAGUACAAGGUGGAUGCCUUCAAAUUUUUGGAGCCUCCACUAAUCCUGCAGUUUGCCGAGGGCGUGGCUAUGCUUCGCGAAGCAGGCGUAGAGACUGGCGAUGAGGAGGAUUUGUCAACACCCAACGAAAAGUUGCUGGGCCGUUUGGUCAAGGCAAAGUACGACACCGAUUUCUACAUCCUGGACAAAUUCCCGCUGGCGAUAAGGCCCUUCUACACAAUGCCCGACCCGAACAAUCCCGUCUACUCCAACUCCUACGACAUGUUCAUGCGCGGCGAGGAGAUCCUGUCCGGAGCACAGCGUAUCCACGAUCCUGAGUACUUAAUGGAGCGGGCCAAGCACCAUGGCAUCGAUACCUCCAAGAUAGCGGCGUAUAUCGAGUCUUUCCGCUACGGGUGUCCCCCUCAUGCUGGCGGUGGUAUCGGUAUGGAGCGAGUGGUGAUGCUGUAUCUGGGAUUGGACAACAUCCGCAAGACCUCUAUGUUCCCCCGCGAUCCCAAGCGGUUAACGCCUUAAACUAAAUCAACCCAAACUCAAACAACUUUAAUGUGAAUUAAAUUCGAUGAAACACUGGUUUUACUUUCCCCUGUGACUUUCCAAGCAUCAAAUUCUUUUAUUUCGUAGUCGUAUGUGUUUUCCUCUAUUUCUCAAGACUAACAUGCUGCGCAGGGUUGUUGUAAACAACCAAAAAAUAGAAAAACUGUACGAAAGAAGACUGCAUAGGGUCCGAUUUAUUUCAAAAUUAGCAAGAAAAUAAAUAAUUGCGCGAAUGUUUUGUACUUCAA